UUGCACGACUGAGAACUUGAAAGUGGUUGGAUCUAGAUCCGUGAUGGUCCUCUUCGUCAUCGGUCAGAUGCUUUUCUUGACUCUUCUUCUCCACGCAGCUGAAGAAAACAAUGAAUGGAGGACACAUUCGACCCCUAAACCCGACAGAUCUGUGCGUUUUGGGGAGUUCUGCCUUCGCAUUCCUGAUGAUUAUUCUCAGACCAGCUCCAAACCCAAUACAAAGCAAACCCAGACACAGCCAAGUGAACCAGUCAAGCAGGAAACGACAACACCUGAUCAUCCAAAACCGGAGCCUAUUGAGUCCAUGGGAAAAAAGAGACCCUCUCCCUACAUUACCGAUUCGGAACCAGCAAUGUUCCCCCCUGAUCACACUGAUCAGUCCGAUGGAUGUCGCUGCACAGACAAGAAUAAGAAGCGUCCCACUGAGACUUCUCAAGUCCGAGCCCGGGUGAAAUGGCUUCCCAGUGAAACUUGCAGUUCAACUGAGUAUAUAGAGAUUUUGGAAGACGGGAGGGAGGUUUGUGUGUCUAAGUUCAGCUUCCUGACAUACAUCGAUAAUUUGAUUUGGUCUUUGUCUGGACUUGCAAUUGAACCAGGCAGCGCUAAAUUGCCUAUAGCCAAAAUCACAGAAACACGAGACUAUUUAAUAGACUCAUCUGAAAAUGUCCGCACACGUUGCAUUCCCUUCAUCUCAGUCAGCUGGGAUACGUUUGAUCCAAAGACAGUACAAUCUAUGGAUGUGUUGAUGCAAGCUAUUCCUUGUCCUCCUCAUUUUUGCAUAAACCUGAAAGACAAAACUAGUUUUUGCCUGGACCUCCCUGAACUGUUGACUGUGCUUCUGAAACUGGAAAAGCCCCGACAUCAUGAUGGCAACAAUGACAGCACCCCCGAAGCCAUUGAUCAAGGAUGUCGCUGUCAAGAAACAGCAGAGAUACAUCCCAGCACACACUCCCAAAGCCAAAAAAUACGUGUUUGGCCGUCCAGUGAAGUAUGCAGUUCAAAUGAAUUCAUUGAAACGCUGGAGGACGGCAGAGAGCUUUGUGUGACUGCAUCCAGCCUUAUCAAAUACUUUGAUAUUUAUGAUGAACUCGCUGAUGCACAGACGACGCCAAAAUACGAAAAGAAUGAAAAUAAUGAAAAUAAUGAAAAGAAUGAUGCACUUUCCUUGGAUGAGGCAGUCCAUUUCAACACGGAAACGCCUUGCCACUGUCCUUUUGAAAACUGGAACCUGAUUGAAUCUAGUGAUGUAAAAAGCCUCUGGGUGCUUUUAAAACCUGGCUGUCCCAACAUAUUCCAAGUCAUCAUGAAAGAUGAAAGAAAAUUCUGUUUGGAUUCUUCACAACCAAAAUUCAGAGAUCUGCUGGAGAAGUGGGACAUGUAAGAAGAAGAAGAACCACGUGUGAUGCUCGAGGUGGUUGACGCUAUCAUACAAUGAUAGCUUGCUUUGAAUCUUAAUCUCCUGCUUGUACUCUUUCAGUAAUAAAUGUUUGGCUAACUGAUCAACAAUCACUGCUGAGUUUUUCAGUUUGUUUCAGCAAAGAUUUGAGGUGCCACUAGUGCAGCAGGCAACUGGGUAAAUGUCAGGAAAAUACGAGGAUAUCUGAACUUUAUUUGGGGAUGAUCAGAGUCUCAUGCUGUGAUUAAAUCAAAAGGUGUGUCAACCAAGUAUAAUAUUAAGGGUGUGCACAAUUAGAUUUGUUUGUUUUUCAGCUGAACUGUGCAGGUUAUAGGUCACAUUAUUGGUUUUAGUUUUUGAAUAUUUUAUACUGGUUUCAUAACAUCAUAAAGACCUGGCAGUUUAACAGGGAUGUGAUUUUACAUCCACUGUAAGUCAAGUUAGAUAGAGAGAGCUCACCUUGUUACCUACUAACACAAUGUGACUUCAUCAGCUUAGGUCUGAAAACACCAUUUUUUAAAACCAAGUUCCAAAGUAAAUAAAUCUGAAAAUGCCACAGUUUCAUUUUCCUAUUUACAAUAACACUUUAACACUUUUUCCUGAGCUGAUGCUCAUUGCCCCAUCUCUCCCUUAACCCACAUGCACACGCCACACUAAAACACUGAAACAAAGCUCGGUGCAUGCCGUUUCUUCUGGUGUAUUUCUGUGGCAGCGUUGGAGCGCCACUUGCAGGCCUAACAUAUGUAUUACAGCAUUUUGAGUGUUUUUUUUUUUUUUUUUUUGUGGACACAUGUACAGGAGCUGCUGAAAUAGAUUUAAAUAUCCAGGUAUCCAGGUGGCUAAGUCUUCUAGUAAAAAGCAGUCUAGCCACUCUGAAGGUCUGUGGUCCCUUAUGUGGCUAAAACAAAUGUGCUCUCCACCAUGCUUGGCUGGGUGAUAUAUCAACUGUACUUGAUGAAUCCCAAGAAGUUUUACAUGCGUUUUAUAAAAUGGCUAUAUCGUGAACAUCAAGUAAAAAUGUUCUUCUUUUAAGCCGUCUUCAUGUGAUUUUCCUCAUGAUUUGGCUUCUCUUACAGCAGACAGUACGCUUCCCCGUCCAUCCAGAAAAGCUGUAUUUGAGUAAGGAGGUAGCACACUGGGCUGCGGCCAUUAAAUAUGGCACUUCUUCUUCUUCUUUGUUCCUUUCAUGGGUCAAACAUCAGCUAUACUACUCAACACUGCUCCCACAGUUUCCAGUGGUACUACUCCGAUCGCUCCGCCCUGA